AUGAGAGGUGUCAAAAUAUUCUCAGGCAGGUCCCACCCCGUUCUGGCAAACAAAAUUGCCGAACGGUUGGGAAGUGACCUGGGUAAGUGUGACCUCGGGAAUUUCUCAAACGGGGAGAUCAGUGUACAGAUUGGUACCUCCAUCAGAAAUGAGGAUGUCUUCAUUGUUCAGAGCGGCAGCCCGCAAACUAAUGAUAGCGUUAUGGAGAUGCUCAUCAUGAUCGCUGCUUGCAAAGGCGGUUCCGCAAAAUCAAUUACUGCCGUCAUGCCGUAUUUUCCCUAUUCAAGACAGUCAAAAAAGAAGGCUCACCGUGGUGCCAUUACUGCCAAAAUGUUGGCCAAUCUUCUGGUGGUGGCAGGUGUGGACCAUAUCGUCACCGUUGACCUUCAUGCCUCUCAGAUGCAGGGUUUCUUCGGCAAGCCUGUUGAUAACCUGUACGCGGAACCAAUCAUUGCUCGAUGGAUCAAAAACAAUGUUCCCCACUGGAGGGACGCAGUGGUGGUAAGCAAAAACGUCGGUGGUACGAAGAGGGUCACUUCCCUCGCAGACGCUCUCAAGCUUCGCUUCGCUCUUGUUUCUACAGAUCGUUAUCGUUCUCGACCGUCACACCAUAACACGAACCUCAUGGACAGUACUAUAUUUUUCGAUGCGGUGGAACCACAAAACCUUAGCUACAGACAGCGGCUCAGUGAUGGUGAUGACGGCGAGGAGGCUGAUACCGAAUCUGAAAAGCCUAGUGACUGGGAUCGGCGCCAGGAUCUCGCUCACCGCGGCCGCCACCCUCUUAUCAACGGUACCACUCGAGCUGGAAGACCAAAAGCAGUGACAAUUGCCUCAAGCCCCUUGGUACAAACGACGCGCAUGGAAUCCUCAUCCCCUCCCCCUUCCCCAACUCGACUGGGGCGUGCCGAGACUAUCCCGAGUGCGCGACGGCCCUCAGAAUACGAGGCCAACGAAGCCGCAAAUGACGAAAGAGCACGCGACGUGAUUGUUGGGCGAUUAAUACAAGGCCACCUGGUUGAAGAUGACCACCCAUCCCCUGGUAUGUCUAGUAUGUCAGCCUCUAUCACCGGCUUUCCGGGUGAUCGUAAUUCGCAAGAGGCUGCAGAAAAUACUGGCUACGACCCAAUGACAUCCUCUUUCGUAUCCAAUGCGUCAUCCUUUCAACCUGAGCAUGCCCUUGGUGGUACAUUCGAUGCCGCUGCAACCUCAGAUGAAGAAGAGGAGGGUAUCAAGAAUCCCGACCUUGAACACACUAUAACCCUGGUCGGCAAUGUCAAGGACACAACCGUUCUCCUGAUGGACGACAUACUCGAUCGAUCAGGCUCCUGGAUAGCGGCAGCAGAGACAUGCGUCAAGAUCGGCCAUGCUAAAAAGGUCUACUGCAUUGGUAUUCAUGCUCUUUUUGGUGAGGAUGCUCUCGAAGAAUUAGAGGACUGUGACUGCAUAGACCAUAUUGUGGUGACAAAUACCUUCCCCAUAUCCCCUGAACGCGUUCGUGCUUCGAAAAAGUUGAUCAUGAUCGACUUGUCUGGUCUAUUGGCGGAAGCCAUUCGGCGAAACCACCACGGAGGUAAGGAAGUUACCCCAUUUGAUGGGCAGCUCGCUGAUCUGAACAGAGGACAUUUCGACCUUGUUCCAAUUGCACGACUAGGGAGCUCUGCAACUGCCCAAAACGACUUCCGUUUCGACUUCACCGCCAGAUAUCGAGUCCGCGAUAUCUUCCACCCAUUUUCGUGA